AUGGCAGAAGUCGAAGUCAGCAAGCCUUUGCUGAAGCUGAAGCUUCUGGAAUCACUUCGUAAAGCCGACUUUACGUCGUUGGAAUCACUCGUUAAGACACAAUUUCAACCACCUGAAGAUCCUAGUGUAAAGGAAGUAGAGCAGCUAAUUCUACACUAUGCGGUGCAAGUGGCACCUUCACAACUCGUCAAAGACAUUGUGGAGCGGUGGACUGGAGACGGUGGAUUGCAUUUGAACCUUAACUUUCAGGAUAACGAGGGAAACACUCCGUUGCAUUUAGCUGCGUAUCAAUCUCGUGGAGACGUGGUAAAUCUUCUUUUGAGUCGGCCAGGCAUCAACGAUUGCAUUCUUAACAACUCGGGCCUCCAGCCAAUCGAAAUGUGCAAGAACUUGAAUAUCGCGCAGAUGAUGCAGGUCAAGCGCGCGGAAUACGUCGCCGAAGUGGCCCAAGAGUUCCGGAUCGCUUUCAAUAACCGCGAUUUUGGACAUUUGGACCAGAUCAUGAGCAACGCUCGAAACGCAGAGCUUCUUGACAUCAAUGGGACCGAUCCAGAAAGUGGAGAUACCGUAUUGCAUGAAUUCGUGCGGAAAAAGGAUAUUGAGAUGUGUCGUUGGAUUUUAGGUCACGGAGGAGAUCCCUUCAAAAGAGACCGUAAGGGUCGGCUGCCAGUAGAACUGCUAGGCAAAGUAUCGGGUACGGAGCAAACGUCUGGGAAGCCCUCUGUUGAGGUCGAAUUAAAGCAUCUCUUUGAGAAGGCUGCACGAGAACAGAGCGUUAUCGAUGUUGCUAGCAAUCUUCACGAGCCUCCCACUUAUAAGGGUUAUUUAAGAAAAUGGACCAAUUUCGCACAAGGAUAUCGGUUGCGAUGGUUCAUUUUAGGUUCCGACGGAACUCUUUCGUACUACAAGGACCAAGCUGAUACCAAAAAUGCAUGUCGCGGUUCUUUGAAUAUGUCUACUUGUUACUUGCACCUUGAUUCCUCGGAGAAAUUGAAAUUUGAGAUAGUCGGUGGCAGCGAUGGGGCUGUCAGGUGGCAUUUGAAGGGUAAUCAUCCAGUCGAGACGAAUAAAUGGGUUUGGGCUAUUCAAGGAGCUAUUAGGUUUGCGAAGGAUAGGGAAAAACUUAUGAGGAACGCCAAUGGAUCAACCCCGCCGGGCCAGCUUCUCAAUUCCUCGGCGGGACACAAGGUAGGUGGACUUAACAAAAGCAUGACGGCUUCCAAUGCUCAGGCUAUGCAUUCUCUUCAUACUAAAUCCGGUAAGCAUCAGCAUCAUAGAUCUCUCAGCUCGAUAUCGUCGGUUUCGUCAAGCGACUAUGACCUCAAUGAACAUUUGACCGCCAGCGGCAAGGACUACGUGGCCCGAGUUAGAUCUAGGACCGGAAAUUCAACAGCCGCCUCUUUGCGUACCUCUGUUACAGGUGGGCAAAGCGCUAGAUCAAGUCUCUUCAAAGGCGGAUCUGGUGGUGAAGAAGCCAGCGAGACGGGCUUGGAUCCAGUUUCUGACAUGAACAAGACUGCAUCAGACUACGAUGAGGACCUCAAAACAGAAUACGGUCCGCACAACCAAGAGCUUGAAAUUUUGCAAAGAUCAAUUUCUAUUGAGCUUGCGUCUUUAAACGAGCUUUUGGAAAACUCUCAGCCUUCUGAGGCUGCAAUGGAAGCCAUAAAAAAGACCCUGACUGCCUUAUCUCAGAACUUCAAUCAACUCAACGUUUUAUCUUCUACUAGGGAUAAGAAGCUUAUUAAAAUGCUGACUAAACAGCGGGAUGUUAACAACCUUUGGAUAAAAUCGGUCAAGGAUCUUGAACUAGAAUUAAUUGAGAAAACCGAGCGUUUGAGCUCUCUUGAUACAGAGAGAAAGAAUUUAAAGAAGUUGCUUCAGAGAAAACUUCUAGAAGUGUCGGAGGCCGGUUAUGCUAGCGAGAAUUCAAGUGGUGCCCAAGACCCUGAUCAUCUAGCUCAGGAAUCUGCAACUACAAAGCCCUUGGAGGAAAUUGCAGACUUUAUUAAAUCCAACAAGGAAAAAGAGGAAGACUCAGAACUCGAUGAAUUUUUCGACGCUGACGAUCUAGAUGACCUAGAUAGAGAGGGAGAGAAUGAAAGCGCUGCUCAGGACAAGAGAUCACAUGGAAGACCUCAAUCAAAGGAUGCAAGCGAGCAGUUAGAGGUCCCAGUUGCGAAUUAUGAGAACCAGAAAGACGAAAUUGUGAAGGAAAAGGAUGUGCCCUCGAUGGAAAUUAGCGACAGUACUAAGAAAGAUGCUGACGUAGAAUUUACCGAAGCACAAAAGGAAAAAAGGGAGAUGCUACUCAAAGAAGGGUCGUACUUGGGCUACGAAGAUGGCGUCAGAACAAAGCUGAGGAUAAGCAAGGAUAAUCGUCCAAAAAUGAGUUUAUGGUCUGUUUUGAAAUCCAUGAUUGGCAAAGACAUGACCAGGAUGACUCUGCCUGUGACAUUCAAUGAGCCUACGUCUUUGCUUCAAAGAGUAGCAGAAGACCUUGAGUAUUCCAAUCUCCUUGAUGAAGCGGCCACUUUUGAGGAUUCAACCCUCAGAAUGUUACACGUGGCUGUAUUCUCAGCUUCUUCUUACGCAUCUACCAUCAAAAGGGUGGCUAAACCUUUCAAUCCCCUCCUGGGUGAAACUUUUGAAUAUUCCAGACCCGAUAUGCAUUACAGGUUCUUCACAGAACAAGUAUCCCAUCACCCAGUAAUAUCUGCAACAUGGACAGAGUCCCCUAAAUGGGAUUUCUACGGUGAGUCAAAUGUGGACUCAGACUUCAACGGCAGAUCAUUUGAUUUUAAACACUUGGGCUUAUGGUAUCUGAAUAUUAGGCCCGACUCGCAAACGGAAAGCGAUCUCUACACAUGGAAAAAGCCUAACAACACGGUUGUAGGUAUCCUCGUGGGUAAUCCGCAAGUUGAUAAUUAUGGUGACGUCGAAAUUGUGAAUCAUACCAAUGGAGAUCGAUGCUGCAUCCAUUUUAAAGCCCGCGGGUGGCGCUCAUCGAGUGCCUAUGAGUUGAAAGGUGAAGUUUACAAUGGCAAAGGCGGAAAAGAAUGGAUAUUUGGUGGACAUUGGAAUGAGGCGAUUUAUGCAAAGAAAGUUUUGAAACCUAACUCUUCAGAGGAAAUGCAAUUAGAAAAAACAAAGGCAGGAAUUCCAGCAACAGCAAGGAGUAAAACGGGACCCCAGUCUGAUGGGUCCAAGUUUCUAGUCUGGCAUGCUCAUAGUAGACCAGAAACUCCAUUUAAUCUGACGCAGUUUGCAAUCACGUUGAACGCUCCACAACCGAAGUUGCUUCCAUGGAUCGCGCCGACGGACACAAGACACAGGCCUGAUCAGCGCGCUAUGGAAGAGGGUCGUUACGAUGAGGCUGGUGACGAAAAGCACCGUGUAGAACAAAAACAGAGGAAGGCUCGACGGGAAAGAGAGCUCAAUCACGAAGAAUACAAACCCAAGUGGUUCAAACAAGAGACUCAUCCUGUGACCAAGCUGAAAUACUGGAAAUACCAGGGAGAAUACUGGAAGCGCAGAAAAGACCAUAAGCUUGGUGAUUGUCCUGAUAUUUUCUGA